AUGAUUGUUGUUCAUAAUAUAAAGGAAAACAUGUAUGACAGAUUAACUUCAGGGCAUUUGACAGUAGGAAUAAUCUUCUUGUCACAGACGACAGUUGGAAUUGUGGGCAAUUUCGUUCUUCUUUAUCAUUAUGUGUCCGUUUACCACACUGAACGCAGGCUGAGGUUCACCCGUUUGAUUCUCAUGCACUUGACUAUAGCCAACUCCUUGGUCAUUCUCUCUGAAGGAGUCCCCCAGAUAUUGGCAGCUUUGGGAUUGAAAUCUUUUUUCACUACAUUUGCAUGCAAACUUUUUUUGUACGUUCAGAGAGUGGGCAGGGGGUUGUCCAUUAGCAGCACCUGCCUCUUGAGUGUCUUCCAGACCAUCACGAUCAGCCCAAUGAACUCCUGUUGGAAGGAUCUUAAAGUCAAGGCCCCAAAAUAUGUUGGCUUCUCCAUUUUCCUCUGCUGGAAUCAUUACGCAUUUAUAAAUUUAGUGUUUCCUCUGUAUGUGUUAUAUAUGCCUAGCCAAUGGAGCACCAAAAACAUCACACAGGAAGGAGAUUUGGGGUACUGUAUUACUAUCCAUCAGGAGGCAGUGACAGUCCUACUCUAUGCAGUGUUGAUAGUAGUCCCUGAGGUUUUAUUUUCUGUUCUCAUGAUCUGGGCCAGUGGCUCCAUGGUCUUCCUCCUGCACAGGCACAAGCAGCGGGUCCAGCACAUUCACAGCACUAAUGUCUCCCCCAGAUCCUCUGCUGAGUCCAGAGCCACUCAGAGCAUCCUUGUCCUGGUGAGCACCUUUGUGUCUUUCCACUCCCUCUCCUCCAUCUUUCAUGUUAGUGUUGCUUAUACUGAUAAUCCCAGUUUGUGGCUGGUGAACACCGCUGUGGUGAUCUCUGUGUGUUUUCCAACUGUCUGCCCCUUUUUCAUUAUGAGCCGAGACUAUACUCUCCCCAGACGCUGCUUUUCCUGGAUACAAAACACAAAAUUCUGUAGUGUUACUGGGGAUAUAUAA